AUGUUGUGGGUAACGGUUUUUAUGACGGUCGCCAUUGCGGCAACCGGAAGUUUGGGAGUAGAUAUAAACACAGUGAAAAAUCAAGCAUUGGAAAAAGUCAAUAUGAAAAUGAACGAAUUGAAAAAAGUCGUUAAUGACACGUUGGUCGAAUUACCUUUCAGAGAAGGAAAUCUUAAAAUAAUAACGAAUCACGUUAAAGAUACCGGAAAUGGAUUAUACGAAAGCACAUAUUUCAACGUUCAUAAAACGGCUUUGACGGGUAACAUGAUGGGCGUGCUGUUGGGAAAUGCGGAAACGGUACAAAAAUGUAUAAAAUUUAGAGAGGAAGAAGCUUACAGGGAAACAAAUCGGUAUUUCAAAGAUAAAUUCACCGAUCCUAGAAAUAAUUUGGAAAAAGAAGCUGAAAAAUUACAAAAUGAUGAAAUUCGUAAAUGGACAGAAGACAUGAUGAAUUUAGCAACGAAAAUAUUUAGAUAUUUAGAUAGUUUGCAUCUUCAAUAUUUGAAAAUUCUCGAUUCUUAUGUUGUUAACAUAAGAAACGCCAUGAGAUUGAGAAUCGAUCACACUCAUCAAAACAAAGAAUAUUCUAGAACAAAAAAAGAAAAAAAAGUUCGUUAUUAA